CAAACAACUGGGCUGACUGGAUACUGGAUAGAGUCCCUUCAUAUUCCACUGGGAAACAACAACAGCAGCGGGGUGACAGAAAGCAUUUUAAAAGGAAGGAAACUGUGUUAGGAUGAUGUGGCGUAUGCGCUGUCGCUCCAGGACAAUCUGUCUGUCCUUGGCCUUCAUCACCAUUUUCCUCUACCUCCUCCUGGCGUUUGUCUCUCUUCCCAUUUACCACCAGCCCUGUGACCCCCUACUGCCACCCAGGACACACAUCCUGAGAGACCUGGCACGUGCCAACUACACCUCUGUGGGGAUCAGUGGUCCAGCUGAGCCACCGACUGAUACCACACAUAGAUUUUCUUCCAAUAAGGAUGCCAAAGGUCAUGUGCGAACACUUUCUGACGUGUUCUCAUUAAUGAAAGAGGGUAAACAUGCCUCAGUGAACAUGCCAGUCAGUGUGGGUCGCUAUGGCACCAACCAAGCUGAAUCUGUGGGGUCUGGGCUGUCAAAGUUGGAGGCGCUGUUUGACCACCCUCUUUACAAUAUGCCCAGCCCUCCCAUCCCUGAGGAGGACUGGCUGUUGAAAGUGAAAUCAAAGGUCAAGGCUAGUGAGAAGAGCUCCCAGAUGUGGGUGAGUGCUAGCCAGGAAGGUUACGCAGACGUCCAGUGGAACAGCAGCAGUGACAGCCAUCCUCCUUGGCUGCGCUUCCACCUGGGCAUCUCCCGCUGGCAGCUGUACCCCCAUCGUGACUCCAACAUGGAGGCGCUGACCCAGCAGCUCGCCACGCACCGCAUCGUCAGUGCAGUGCAGAAAUCUGGGGGGACUCAACUGAAGCUGGUGAUGUCAUUUCCCAACUAUGGACAAGCCAUGUUCAAACCCAUGAAGCAGGAGAGAGAUGAAGAAACCAAUUACAACCUCUACUACUUCUCUGACUUUGAGAGACACAAUGCAGAAAUUGCAGCUUUUCACCUGGACAGGAUUUUGGGUUAUAGGAGAGUCCCUCCAGUGGUUGGGAGGCUGGUGGAUGUGGUCAAGGAGAUCAAAAACAUCACUACCGACCGCAAGCUGGCCCGAACCUUUUUUACCUCCCCUGUGGGUAAUGUGUGUUUCUAUGGCCAGUGCUCCUACUACUGUUCCACAGAGCACGCUGCGUGUGGCCGCCCGAGAGACCUGGAGGCCUCCUUGGCUGUCAUGCUGCCGGAUCUCUCCCUGGUGGCUCGCAGGAACUGGAGAUCCCCGUGGAGACGCUCCUACAGCCGCAGCAAGCUGGCAAAGUGGGAGUCAGAACCAGACUACUGUUUGACGGUGAAAAAGACCCCGCCAUACAACAAAGGCACAAGACUGGUGGACUUCAUAGAUUUGGUCAUACUGGACUACUUGAUGAGUAACAUGGACAGGCACCAUUAUGAAACUUUUGAGAAGUUUGGCAACAAUACUUUUCUACUACACCUUGACAACGGGAGGGCAUUUGGUCGUCACUCCAAAGAUGAGCCUUCUAUUCUCACUCCUCUAGAACAGUGUUGCAGAAUCCGUCGCUCCACCUGGCUACGCCUGCGUCUACUGUCUCUGCCACAGUAUCGUCUCAGUGAUGUCAUGAGGGCCUCGCUCUCCCAUGAUCCUCUUCACAGUGUGGCUGCACUGCUGUCGGAGCCCCACCUCACUGCUCUCGAUCGGCGCUUGAAAACUUUGCUGGAGACUGUAAGUCGUUGCCAAAAGAGACAGAGUGAAGAUGGUGGUGAUGAUGAGGUCAUCUAUGACGACAUUUCCUACUUGAAAGACACGGUCACACCUGCUGGGUAGGGCAGUCUGUACCUGUACCUUAUGUUCUAUCGAUGUAUAUGAUAUGAUUACAUGUCACACUAGGACAUACAAAAUGGUAUCAGCAGUUACAUUAAUGUCAUAGUUAAAGUCACAAGGACUUAAUGGUGUCCUAACAUUCCCAGUUACAGUAAAACAGGUUGUGUAAACAGGACAAAACAUGAAGAGGGACACAAAUUAAUUCUAGCCACUGCAAUGUAACGGUGUCCUACUCAAAGGGAAAAUUGUUUUCAGAAUGGCAGCAUCCAAAAAACUGCACUGCAAAUCCAUGUUGCCAGCUCACAAUGUUUUAAAAGUUAUGAAGAGUUUUAGGUUUAUGCAUAUGAUGGGAAGCAACAAUGGAAUGCAUUCUUUGUCAGAUAUUAUACAACUGUAAGACUUUUAAGAAGUAUUUUAAUUAUUAUCAAGUUUUGUCAUUUACUUGAAAAGUUGUUACAUUCAAAUGUGAUGUCGAGAAAAUUGGUCUGCUACAGGUUAAAAUGUUUGUGUCUGUGUAUGUAAUAAGGGAGGGGAUUUGUGAUGACAUGUUUGAGAUGCAGGUUAGUUUGACCGGUGACAAACAAUUAGAUUUUAGUUUUGUCUUUUUUUUUGCAUUCCUUGACAAUAAUAAUUUUCUUCAAUGUUAAAGUAUUAAUAACUUAGUAUUGUCCUUACUUUUUUCCUUGGUGUGUGUUUUUUUCAGUCUAUAUUUCCCAAAUAUUUUCUAAAUAUUUGAAAUAUGAAUAUUUCAACAACUUGUUAUUGAUACUGACCAUAUGAAGUGUAACAUUGUUGUGAUUAAUUCAACACACUCAUAAACACAAACUGACUGAUAAAGGCAAAUUAAAAUAUGUUGCUUGUUGACACUAAAAGAAACAAUUAAACUUGUUAAGGAAUAAUAAAUAUAGAGGCCUCAGAUUCUGGCACCAUUA